ACACGUGGAUUUCGGAGUUGCAGCUCAAUGGAGCUCCUCGGACAUGCCAUGAAGCCCCUUAAUGCUCCAGGGUUGCCGGCCCUGGACACGGGCACCCUGGAGGCCCUUCUUCAGGGAUCUCGGAUGAAAUGCCCCUACAUGCUCCGGGCGGCUGCCCCUGGUCCUCAAGCGCCCUGGAGGCCUCCUCUUCCGUCUCCGCGCCUGCGGCAGCCUCGCGUCGAUUUGCCGGCCCGCGUGCCUGGCCCCGCGUCCGAUUGCUGGCCCGCGUGCCUGUUGGCUGCUGAAGAUGACUCGCACCUAUUUUUUUACUGUGAGCAACAAAGUGCCCUUACCCUCCCCUGA